UUCGGAGAGAUUCAGUUUUUAACGGCAAGUGGGCGUGUGCGGACGUACGAAAUGAAGUCUUUCAUUGAUUACUCCGACGACACCGAGUUUCCCAUCGAGAAUUUACCCUAUGGGAUCUUCUCAACUGCUGACAACCCGCAAAAGCGCAUUGGAGUUGCAAUUGGGGACCAGAUUCUCGAUUUAUUCGUCAUCUCUCACCUCUUCACUGGUCCGUUACUGGUGAACAAGCAGGAUGUCUUCCGGCAGGAGAGCCUCAACGAUUUUAUGGCGCUGGGGAGGCCCUCCUGGGUUGAGGCUAGGCUUAGUAUUCAAAAUCUGCUGGGGGUGGAGUGUAGGACUCUCCAGGAGGAGCCGCUGCGAUCAAAGGCAUUUGUUCCCCAGGAAUCAGCUACAAUGCACAUUCCCGCAAAAAUCGGGGACUACACAGAUUUUUACUCGUCGAUUCAUCACGCCACGAAUGUCGGUAUGAUGUUCAGGGGAAAAGAGAAUGCCCUGAUGCCAAAUUGGAAAUAUUUGCCGGUCGGUUAUCACGGGAGAGCCAGUUCGGUUGUCGUUUCCGGCACUCCGAUUCGCCGGCCGCGCGGGCAGACACUUCCGGUGGAGGGUGAGGCGCCGGUUUACGGGCCUUCAAGGCUCAUGGAUUUCGAGCUUGAGGUUGCAUUCUUCGUGGGUGGCCCACCUACCAAUCUCGGGGACACGGUUACAGCAUCCAAGGCUUAUGAUCAUAUUUUUGGAAUGGUUUUGAUGAACGAUUGGAGCGCUCGAGACGUUCAGAAAUGGGAAUACGUUCCCCUGGGCCCAUUCGGUUCAAAAAAUUUGGGAACAACAAUUUCCCCGUGGGUCGUUACAAUGGAGGCACUGGAGCCCUUCAAAGUCCCCAACAUGGCGCAGGAUCCAGCCCCAUUCCCCUACCUCCAGCACCCCCAGUCCUGCAACUUCGAUAUCAAGCUCGAAGUCGACAUAAAACCUGCGAACGGAGUUGUCACAACGGUCUCUCGCAGCAACUACAAGUUCAUGUACUGGACACCUCAGCAACAGUUGGCUCAUCACACCGUGACUGGGUGCAAUAUCAAUCCCGGUGAUUUGAUGGCAUCUGGCACGAUAAGUGGCGAGUCUGCGGACUCUUAUGGAUCGAUGCUGGAACUGUCUUGGAGGGGAUCCAAACCGAUUUCCAUGCAGGAUGGCACCACGAGGAAAUUUUUGCAAGAUAAUGAUGAAGUUAUCAUCAGAGGAUAUUGCAUCGGCGACGGCUACAAAAUUGGUUUCGGCCAGGCGACAGGAGAGCUCCUCCCCGCGCACUCCGACUGAUCCUCAAAACAUGAAUAAUGUCAAUGUAUUUCUAUUAAUAAAGUCACAAACAUAUUCUAUCGA